AUGAAUAAAGAAAAUGAUAAUUAUAACAAAGAACGUGGCGAUAUCGCUCUUGAUGAAUUGAAAAACGAAUCGUCUCAACAUGCAGAUGAAACCGAUGUUUCAAAACAAUUACAGUUACCACUUUGCAAUUCCCAUGAAGCGCCAUCAGACGGCGAAUUAACAUAUGCAUUAAGCGGGAUAAUUGGUAUUAUAUCUCAAUUUGCUUUGGUUUAUCUGUAUAGCUCUUUAUUAGCACGCCUUAAUAGAAGAUUGCUUGCCGACGAACAAAGAGGUACUCUCUUGUUCAUUGUGGGAAAAAUCUCAAUAUUUGCACUUUUACUUUUGAAUAUAGUAACUCCGCUGUGGAUGCCAACAUCAAAAAGUAAGAGGACCAGUUCUAAAGUUGUCCUAGCCAGAGCUGUGUGUGAUUGUAUAAAAUUAACUGUGAUAGCCGUAUAUGUUUGGAUUUCACUGUUCGACAAGUGGUAG